GCCGACUCCGCCGAGGUCGGUGGCGGCGGCGGCGGUGAGCAUGGCCGCGCAGAGGGAGAAGUCCGCGGCCGUCGCGGUCGGCCCAGCACACGGCGCUGCGGUAUCGGGGUCUCCUUCUCCUUCGUCCUCAUCCGGAGGCCCGGCGGCGGCGUCCUCGUCGGGAGAGCGGUGGAGCGCCGCGAUCGGGAACCUGGGGGAGCUCGGCGCCAACGUGGACGCGCUGCAGAAGAUGCUCGGGCGGAAGGCUGUCUUCGUCGACGAUGACAUCUUCUCCAAGGCCUCCCUCGCCGCCGACCAGGCCCGCACCAUUAAGGUUCUUGACCAGAGGGUGCAGUCUCUGGAACGCGAACUCGAUGCCGCCAUUUCUGCAGCAGCUCGAGCUCGUACAGAUAAACGACAGGCCGAAGCUGCGCAACGAGCUGCAGAGUUACGCACACAGGAGGUCACCAAGGAACUGGAGAACACUGCGAGAGUGUUUCAGCUGCACAUGGAGGAGUUGCGGCUGAAGCAAGAGGAGAUUGCGAAGAAAGAUAGCGAUAUCAAGGUGUUGGAAGCGAUAAUACGAACCCUCGGUAGCAAAGAUGAUGAUGGAUCCAGCGAAUAAUUGUCAUGAACAGGGAGCGAGGCUUUUAUGUUCAAAUAUCUCACGGCGUGUUUAUGAUUAUGUAUUUCCUUUUGGGGUUUAAUCCCUUUGUUACUCAGAUGGAUGUAACUUGUUUCGACAAGAUUGAGCGUGUCCGCACUCAUACUACUAUAAAUUUGUAUUCUAAAACAAAUAUUUUAUCAUCGUUAGC